UCCCUGUUCUCUCUUGACCGAUGCGCUCAAAAGAAAAGAGAACAGAGAGAACGAAUAUAAAAGGAAAUGUUUGGUUGAAAUAAAGCCAGUCGAAUCACCUUGAAUAAAGUUUGUCGUUACAACUUACAUUGACAGUGACUGUUAUUGAUACGAAUAAUUGCUCUGCAAUUGUUAAUGCUGCUGUUGAUUUAUGGCAAUGUAAUUCUGUUGGUGUUUACUCACACUUCGAAACAAGUGUCGUGAGUACCACAACAUACUUACGAGGCAUACAAUUAACAAAUACAAAUGGACAAGUGACAUUCUAUACCAAUUAUCCUGGAUAUUAUAGUGGACGUGCAACUCAUAUCCAUGUUAAAGUCCGUUUUGGUGGCGAAGAAACCAGUAGUGGUUCAAUCUAUUAUUGGGGUGGACAGACAUCGCAUACCGGACAGAUCUUUUUCAAUGACAGCUAUACAACCUUAGUUCAAGCUGUUACACCCUAUAGUACCAAUCAAGCUUCACGUACGUUGAAUAGUGUUGACCGUGCCUAUACACAACAAGAUGGUGUUGAUUCCUUACUUACAUUAGCAUAUGUGGACGAAGCGACAGGUAUUACUGGUGGAUUGAUAGGAACAAUUACUGUGAAAGUAGAUUCAACUCUAGAUCUUAGCAGCAACAACAGCAACCUCAGCGCCCCAAAAAUCAGGGCCAUCACUAGUAGCACCAGCAGCAGUAACAGUAGAGAUAGUUGUGACGAUACAUCAUACCUUCUCUCAUACUGA